CCCUUCUGCUGCGCUCUUUUGUGAAGGAGGAUCUUUCUGUAUGAAAGAAUCGUCUGCAUCUUGACAGUCGCAUUUUACAGUGGAAUAUCUGUUAUGGGAAUGAUGCUUACAAAUAAUGGUGUUUAAAGGAGGGCUCAACCAUGGAGGAUGACUGAACUUUAAGGCGAUAUGGCGACUGUAUCUAAAAAUCAAAUUGUACUCAUAACCUUCAUUGAAGAGCGCUGCCUGUGAAGAAAUCUGGGGGUGAACGCAGUGGCUCCCCCCGCAGGGCGUUUUGAGAUACUACAGGGCUUCGAGCUGAGGGCCUGGAGUUAGCAGCCAUCAGUGAAUGGCCACAAGCCCAGACUAUUACAGCACUUAUGACCACAGCCGGAAGGUAAGCAACCAAUCAGGAGACAGCGAGAGCAGCGAGGUCACACAGGAGACUCAUGCCAUGGAGGUCAAGGGUGACCUGAUCACAAGCCAUGACCUGCAGGCCGGUCAGGACAGUAAGCAGCGCGCGGAGCGGAUCUCGGAGCUGCAGGAGCGGAGGCGCAGCCUGCAGUCGCUCCUCAACACCCGUCUGUCCGAGCUGCGACGCGUCUGCCUGCAGGAAGCGGAGCUGAUUGGAGAGGUUCCCCCGGAGUUUCCUCUGGAGGUUGGAGAGAGACCCCCGUUUGUGCGCCGACGGAUGGGCUCCACACGGCACGGCCCCAAACACACAGGGAAGGGAGAGGAGGAGGAAGCCAGCCAGAGGAAGUCCAAGAAGACGCUGUUCAGUGGCGCCCUCCGCAGGCACAACGACUCCGAGCAGCAGCCGUCUCACGGCAAGAGAACGGUCCACCGUGGAUGCCACACAGAUAACGCGGUGAAGUCGGAGAGCAGCUCCACGUCCGACUCCACGGGGCAGGACAACGAUGAGGUGUUUGCUCCUGACUGUUUGUCUCCGGCUCGUGCCCGGCUGGCUCAGGAGAGCCCUGACAGCAGGUUCUGUCGUAAGCUCUCCCCCGUGGAGAUCUACUACGAGAUGAGGACGCGCCGCAACUCGGUGGCCAGCUCAGCCAGCCCAAACCGUUCUCUCCCGAGAAGCAUGUCCAACCUGGAGGGCAGGAGUGUUCCUGCCACCCCGCUCCUGGCACGCACAGGCCCAGCCACGGCACACAUCAGGUCAGAGGUAUCUGCGACUAAGCAGUGGUCAGACAAUCCUGAGGCACCGCAGGUGGUGCCUCUUCAGACUCAGGAGGGGUCCUCGUCGGGGUCUGUAGAGCAGGGUGGCUCGUACAGCGCCCAGACGCGCCGCAGCAAUAGCUCUGAGGCACUUCUGGACCGCGCCGUGUCUGUCGAUGACGGCUCAGCCCAGCGAAACGGGAUGCCCGCGCGGGGGGGACCUUACAAAAGCUCGGAGGCGCUGACGGACGGCCGCUUGAGGCAGGCGCAGAGGGGAAGCCCUGACAGGCAACCCGCCGGACACCCCGACACCAACAGAAACCGCACCUCUGUUGGGGGACGCACGGGUGGAGGGAACUACAAUGAGAUCCUGCUGGACUAUGUGUGGGGCAAACAGCAGAAGUUGCAGGCCCAACAGCAGCAGCAGCAGCAGCAACAGCAGCAGCAGAGAAUGCAGCCACCUCAUGUCAACGGCAAACCUAGACCUUGGCCUGAGGGCUCCUCAGGACCCCCCCUGCCCCAAUAUAAUGGCUUCCCCCCUCCCUCUCAGCCUCUGCAUCUCUCAGGUGGCCCGCCAGCCUAUAGCCCGCACAUGCUCCGGGGCAAGCCGGGGGAGCCGCGCCGAGUCAAAGUCACCCGGACCAAAUCCUGUGGGCCGUUCAUACCCCUCCAGCAGCACCAGCAGGAGACCAUCUUGCUGUCGGCGUACUCGGAAAGCCCGCCUGCCACAAACGGCUCCUCCACGGCGGCUGUGUACCCGCAGCAUGGUGACCCCUCAGGCUCACAGAGCGCGCACAGGCCACCACCGCAAAUCGCCACAGACUCCUCGGCCUCCACGCCAGACGACGCCACUCGCAGCUUGCACAAGGCCCUGGCUUUAGAGGGGCUCCGAGACUGGUACAUGCGGAACACCCUGGGCCACACGGCAGUGAACGGAAAAAGCCAGGAGGGGGCGCCCAUGCGCCGGCGUACAACAAACUCGCUGCACGCCUCGCAUGGCCCGCACCCUCCUCUCACCCACCAGCCGAAAUCUUUCCAGGGCAACGCACCCCACUACUCCCAGUGCCACAGCUCUCAGCUGCCACAGUCCCAGACCUUUCAUGGGCAUCCGCUUCACGGCAGGUCAGUGGAACUGUCUUUAUAUCAAGACAGCUUCCCCUCCAAGAUGCAGGAGCUGACCCUCAAAGAGUCCAGUGCCGAGCGCCCAAGCCCAGGCACCCUGGUCUGACCACCACCUCACGUGUGACACGCAGAGAAAAGCACAGGCAGUAUCCAACCCACCACUACCACAGUAACUGGCAGGUGUGAGAGGAACUUGGAGUAGGUGAUGGAGAUGAGAUUCUUUGGGACAUUCUCAAUGGACGAAGAGUGGAAGGUGAUGAACAAAAUGGGAGGGUGUGAAAAGUAAUAUGUUGCCCUCUCAUGAUCCCUGAAACAGCACUGAAAUUGUCUACGUUAAAAAAAAAAAAAAAAAAAAAACUGCUAGCCAUGUUGGUUUCUGUCAUGAGGAAACUUUUAAAAGUAAAUGCCAAUGCUUCUAGUCCUGCGGUUCAUCAGCAAAACAAGAGUACUUUGACUAUUAGGACAUCUAAAAAUCGCUCCAGAAUAAGGUUUUUUAGAGAAGAGAGGAACUUGAUUAUUCACUCUUGUGACGUUCUCUUAGUAUUAACAGUACAGAUAAAAGUGUUCAUAACUUUUCAAACUACUUCAAAAUGUGUUUGAAAGGUAGUACUGCCAGCCCUUCAACCAUUGAAAUACUUCCAAGUAUAUUUUGCAAUCAUUUUUAUAUGUAAACUAACUAAUGCACCCAUUUGUCUCAGGCAGAUUACUCUAUCCCUAUUUUUGAAUAUAGUAUCAAUAUCUGCUGGCAACAUUUGAAUGAAAGCUAGCCAAUAUUUAAAAAAGCAAUAUUAUUGUCACAGAAAUUUGUAUGAAAUACCAAAAAACUAAAUACAUAAUGCAUAUCCUGGCCUAUUUGUGGACUUGUAAUAUAAGAUACAUUUGUAUGAAUGUAGUAUGAAAUGACAAACAGCUUCACAAAAUCAUCUAAAUUAUUAGUAUUUAAGAGUAAAUGGUUGACCUUUCUUUAUGGCCUGGCAUAUGCUAGAGAGGCAAAAACAAAAUGGAUAUUUUUUUGUCAAUUGUUGUAUCCAGAUGUAUCCAUCUUUCAGCAGAAAUGUGUUUAGCUAGAUUGGAAUGCUUCAGAUACUUAGAUUUCUACAGGGACUGCAUUGUGUCGUGAGAACACCAGCCAAGUGACCUGUACAGUCACGGAGAUUACGGUAUAACCUUGUACAUCUUUAGUUUCAUAUCCACAGAUUACUGUACACAUGCAACACAGCUUUCCCCUCCGUCUUACAUAACAUGCUCUGGUGGCCUGAAGCUGUUCUACAGUAUUAUCAAAGGCAUCACAUUACAGUAGGAUGUUAGACACAUUGCCAGUGUUCCCCAGGCUUACUUUAUCACAGGGUUAGCAGCCAUUAUAAAAUUAGGUUUUUGAAUUAGGAAAGAAUUAAUGGAAUGAGGGAACUGAUGUCUCUCUUGCCUUUUUAGAUCACGGAGAAAAUGUAUGUGCAAGGGACACCCACCCUAUCUUGAAUGCGCUUUCAAGGAUAUUGUUUUAUAUCAUUUUGCUAAUCAGCCAUCAGUGAUUGUGUUUUUAAACUCAAAGUGCUCAUUAUAUCCUUGUCUAUUCACUAGUGUCAUGAACAACCCACCCCUGCGUUUCUAAUUAAAUAAAGUGUUUUUGAAGAAUUGGCCACUAGGGGGAGAGCUCUCCCCAGUUUACUGUAAAUGACGCAAACUCUCUCGGCCAUUCAGAACAAACAUGAGCAAGACCUGUUUGGAUGCAAAGACAUGUGGUCAAGAAGCAGCAAAUGCAGCAACAAAUCAAUCAGCCUGCUACUUGCAGAUGUCUCACCACUGCUAUUGCACAUUGUUGUGACUGUUCCCUCUUGUAGCUAUACUGUAGGCAUUAUUAGAACUAUCAUGUCACAGUUGAACAUGUACAUGGGUAAGGGCUUUGUCAUUGCCGUGUGUCAUUUUAGUUGCUCAAUGCCUGUACAUUAUUGUCAUUGUAUGUUUUUUCUUUCGUUUCAUUACAAUGAUGAUCACAGUGUAUACUGUUACAUGUCAAGAAUGCCAGCUGUCAACCAUUGUGCCUAUCAGCUUCAUCAAGUAGAAAUGUCCAUAUGUUUUGGCAUCAGGAACCACAUCCGGCAUAUUAGCUGUUUGUGAAAACUUGCUGCCAUUUGUACUGUAUGAUACAUGUAUUUGUUUAAAGGGAUUGUUGAGAAAAAUAAGAGGGAGGGGACCAGAUUGUAUUUGCUUUCAUAGGCUGUAACACUGCAAAAAAAAACAUUAUAUGGAUUGCUGGCAAAUCCACUGUAGAUAUGAUCUUUUGUCUGUCGUAGUGAGUUGGCCUCCGUUGAACUCUUCCUUGUCAUUGUUGCAUGCAGGUACUUGUGCCCUUUCUCAGCACCGUCAUAUAGUCUAGUCUUCAUGCGAGACCCUCAUCUCACAACAUAACCCCGAACUGAGCCAUACCCUACUCAUCAGCCCUAGAGAUGACCACAGUAGACCUAUCCACCGUGUCAAGUAGCACUAGCGCUAACUUCUAUCCAGCUUCCAUCUAGCAUCAUGUCAGAGAGAAUUGAUUUGUGUGUGUGUGUGUGUGUGUGUGUGUGUGUGUGUGUGUGUGUGUGUGUGUGUGUGUGUGUGUGUGCGUGUGUGCGUGGGUGUGUGCGUGUGUGCGUGUGUGCGUGCGUGCUGAAGCAGUCAGGAGCUUUUGGGCGUUUUGUGUCCUGUAGCUGUGUCCUUGCCACCAGAUGCUGCCGUGUUUGUCUCAGGACCAACUGUAUGCUGCUGGGGUCGUUCCUCUCUCCUCCGGGAGCGAUGAUUUGUGUGGUAAAAUGGUUUGCUGACAGAAUUUCAAUCCUCUGUCGCGUUGUAUAUUGCACUGAUAUGCCUCCCCUGGGAGACGUGAGAGAGGAGAUUGCGUGUUUGAAAGCACAUUAUUUACCUGGCUACGCAUAUAUUUUCUCUUCUGUCUGUGGCUGUGCCGUUAUCUUUUACAUUUAGUUAUUUCAGUUCCUGUAUUGGUUUUUCAGUCUAUGUUUCCUAGUGACAUGUUCAUGUGGCUUUUGUCAUAUUUUGAUUGAUAUAAAUAUCAAAUGAAAUAGUAGAUUGUCUAUGCUAUCUGGGUUCACAAUUUCUCUGCUGUAAUAAGAACAAGGUACCAAAUAUGACCAUAACAUUUUAUUCCCACAUUGAAGUUGUAAAACAGUAUGGUGUCAAGAGACAGAAGGGGUUCUAAUUUAUGUUUUAGAUGGUUUUGACGUCUAAGAGGAUCUUUGAAUUUCACAAGUAAUUUAUCCAUGAUUAAGAAAACACAUUUUUAUUGCUUUCAUUAUCAUGCAAAAUGUAAAUACUUUGUUCCUCACUUUUUUCUGCAUUUUACAAAGUAAAGAUCCACCAUUUUAUGAGUGGUAAAUGACUGUUUCAGUUACAUUAUUAAACUGUGUGGUUGUAGACGUCACUUUUCAGAACCAAUGGUCGAAGGAAAUCAUGAAGCUGUCCACGCACUGUUGAAAAUAUAACAAUUGAUUAUAGAGCCCUUGUUAACUAUAAUAAAUCUGACUCCGCUAAAUA